GGCGACGUCUUUGCGGACGGGGGGCGCCGCGGCUUCCCGGCCGGGCCUCUCAGGACUGGGGUGGGACGCGCGUUCCAGGCCGAGACGCCCGUGCUCCCCGGCGAGGGCAGUGGCGGAGCCAGAGGCCCCUCUGCGGCGCGGGACCGAGCCCGCCGCCAGGGCCCGCACCGGCCGCCAUUGUUGCGGGGGCCUCCGGCCUCUCCGUCCCGGCCGCAGGGUCUCUUAACCAUCCCUGCAAAGUAGUAGGCUCAGAAUUUGUAACUAAGGCUGAUAACUCUACCUUGACUCUGUUGUGCCCCUGGCUGCAGCAGCCCUACACAUAAUGUCCUUGCGGCUCUAGCAUGAGACUUCAAGCAGUUGGCUCACCACUAGAGAAAUAAAGGAUAUUGCCAGAUUGACUGUCCUGCAAUGGCAGCCCCAAGCAAGAGGAUGACCAGUUCUUCACGCUCCCAAGUCUUUCUAACGUGGAAGCCAGACAAGGCUCAGAGUGGACCCAACAAAGCAGAAAAGGAAACCCUUGCUUCAAGACUUCUGCAUGACACUGAGACCUGUCGACAGAAUUUUAGGAAUUUUCCAUACCCAGACUUGGCUGGUCCUCGAAAAGCAUUGAAUCAACUCCGAGAGCUCUGCCUGAAGUGGCUGAGACCUGAGAUUCACUCAAAGGAACAAAUCCUGGACCUGCUGGUGCUGGAGCAAUUCCUGACCAUCCUGCCUGGGGAGGUUAGAACUUGGGUAAAGUCCCAGUACCCGGAGAGCAGCGAGGAAGUAGUGACUCUGGUGGAGGAUUUGACUCAGAUUCUAGAAGAUGAAGCUGCUCCUCCGAACUCUGUCUUUUCCCAAGAGAUCCCAGAGGAAGAUCCCAAAGGAAGACAUGCCUUCCAGGCUGGGUGGCUAAAUGACUUGGUGACCAAAGAAUCAAUGACAUUCAGAGAUGUGGCUGUGGAUAUCACCCAGGAGGACUGGGAGCUAAUGCGUCCUGUACAGAAGGAAUUGUACAAGACUGUCACAUUACAGAACUAUUGGAACAUGGUUUCUCUAGGACUUACAGUGUACAGACCAACUGUAAUUCCUAUACUGGAAGAACCAUGGAUGGUGAUGAAGGAAAUCUUAGAAGGCCCUACUCCAGGAUGGGAAACAGAAGCCCAAGAUUGUAAUCCAGUUAAAAAUAUUCCUGGGUACACAACAGAUGGAACCCAGACCAUCAAAUUGGAAGAACCUUAUGACUAUGGUGACAGAUUAGAGAGGCAAACACCAGAUACCUUCAUGAAAAUUCCCACUAAUGAAAGGAAUUUCUAUUUGAAGUCAGUUUUUUCACAAGAAGAUGAUCCUACAGGAGAGUACCUUAGUAAAUAUGAUAUAUAUGGAAAUCAUUUUGAAAAACAUUCAAACCUAAUUAUACAGUUUGAUACCCAUUCAGAUAAUAAGACAUAUACAUAUGACGAAAGCAUGGCAACCUUCAAUCAUAUCUCAUAUGGUAUUGUACACAGGAAAUUUUAUCCUGGAGAAAAGCCUUAUAAAUGUAAUGUGUGUGGGAAAAAGUUUAGGAAAUACCCAUCCUAUGUGAAACACCAAAGCACCCAUACCAAAGAGAAAUCUUAUGAAUGUGAAGAAUGUGGGAAAGAGUUUAGGCACCUCUCAUCCCUUAUUGCACAUCAGAGAAUGCAUACUGGAGAAAAACCAUAUGAAUGCCACCAGUGUGGUAAAGCCUUCAGCCAGCGAGCACACCUUACUAUACAUCAGAGAAUUCAUACUGGAGAGAAACCAUAUAAGUGUGAUGACUGUGGGAAAGACUUUAGUCAGCGUGCACACCUUACUAUACAUCAAAGGACACAUACUGGAGAGAAACCAUAUAAAUGCUUGGAGUGCGGUAAAACCUUCAGCCACAGUUCAUCACUGAUUAAUCAUCAGAGAGUUCAUACUGGAGAAAAACCUUAUAUAUGCAACGAAUGUGGGAAAACUUUCAGUCAGAGUACACACCUUCUUCAACAUCAAAAAAUACAUACUGGAAAGAAACCGUAUAAAUGCAAUGAGUGUUGGAAAGUAUUUAGUCAGAGUACUUACCUUAUUCGACAUCAAAGAAUUCAUUCUGGAGAGAAGUGUUAUAAAUGUAAUGAAUGUGGAAAAGCCUUUGCUCAUUCCUCAACUCUUAUUCAACAUCAAACUACUCACACUGGAGAGAAAGCCUAUAUAUGUAAAAUAUGUGGGAAAGCCUUCAGCCAGAGUGCAAACCUUACUCAACAUCACAGAACACAUACUGGAGAGAAACCAUAUAAAUGCACUGUGUGUGGGAAAGCAUUCAGCCAGAGUGUACACCUUACUCAACACCAUAGGAUUCAUAAUGGAGAGAAACCCUUUAAAUGCAACAUAUGUGGGAAAGCAUAUAGACAGGGUGCAAACCUUACUCAACAUCAAAGAAUUCAUACUGGAGAGAAACCCUAUAAAUGUAAUGUAUGUGGGAAAGCUUUUAUUUAUUCCUCAUCACUUAAUCAACAUCAUAGAACUCAUACUGGAGAAAGACCUUAUAAAUGUAAUGAAUGUGAUAAAGAUUUUAGCCAGAGAACAUGCCUUAUUCAACACCAGAGAAUUCACACAGGAGAGAAGCCCUAUGCAUGCCGUAUAUGUGGUAAAACCUUCACUCAGAGUACAAACCUUAUUCAGCAUCAGCGUGUUCAUACAGGUGCCAAACAUCGUAAUUAAUGGAUAUGAAGACUUUAGGUGUUACAACUUAAUUAUUUAAAUUUCACUUUGUACGCUCUCUCUGUGUUAACACAUUCAAAAGCAGUGCAAUAUAUGUUAGAUACCACUGAGCAGAAGUAUCAAUUGGUAAUGUGGAUAUAAUCUAUUUAAAUUUAAUGUGAAAUUUGAGAAUAAAACUUCACUUCUUUUUUAGUUAAUUUUUUAGAGAGAGAAGGAGGGAGAGGGAUAGAGAUAGAAACAUCAAUGAGAGAGAAACUUCAUCGAUCAGCUGCCUCUUGCACGCCCCCUUACUGGGGAUCCAGCCCAAAACCCAAGCAUGUUCCCUCAUCAGGAAUCCAACAGUGACCUGGUUCAUAGGUUGAUGCUCAACCACUGAGCCAUACCAGACAGGCAUUCCUUUACUUCUUAACCUUUACUUGAUUUAUUCCAGAAAGAAACCCUGUGAAAGUAAGAGUAUUCAAAAAUCUGUAACUCACCAACUCUUACUGUAUUUCAAGUACUUUUUAAUGAGGCCUUGUGAAUGUAAGUUGUGAAAGCUUCCAUCAAGCAGAGAUUUCACAGAAGAGAGUAGUCCUGGGAUAAUAGAAAGGCUGUUUUAGUAGGCUUUUAGUUCUUCCCAGCUUUGAAGCCUUAAAUAUGUAAAAGGUCCCUCUCCCCCUUUUUACUUCCCUUUUCCUAUUAUGCCAUAACUGCCAUGUUUGGGGGAGAAAUUUGAAAGUAUCGUAAAGAUUUCUAUGUGACCACUGUUUAUACUUUCCUUAAAUACUUAAAUAUUAAAGGAAGAGAACCUUAGUGAAAGAUGAUAGGGUAGAGAAACUAAUGUGUAUAUAACCCUUAGACAUGUACAAAUUCAAUUUCGUUAAACAGACAAAAAUUAAAAACCCAAGCUUAAAAUAAUCUUUAAAACAGCCGUAGUUUCACUAAGUUUUGACAUCUGUCAUCCUGUAGAAAAAAAAUAAAAAUGCUGUUCCAUU